AUGCAUCUCACUUUGAUCUCCUACCUUUCACUCCUGGCAUCAAGCACUAUUGCUAUUCCCAUUCCACAGGGUGCUGGAGUUGGUGAUGCUUGCAAUUCAAUUCUUACAGACGGCGACACCGGUAGCGGGCUCGUCGUCAAAGAAGCGGGAACCAAUGUUGCUUCCCUUUUGAAGUCUGCUGGCCUGAAGCGGCAAGGUGCUGGUGUUGGCGCGGGCUGUGACUCCAUACUCACUGAUGCGGACACCGCGUCUGGACUCGCCGUCAAGGAAGCUGGACAGAACCUCGCGUCUCUGCUCAAAUCGGCAGGUGGAAAACGUCAGCUCGACAAAGCAGGAGCCGGGGUUACAGCAAUUGUUGGUGUUGUCAGUCCAAAUGCUGCUACCUAUAUUCAAGGUCUUGCAGACACAGUCGAUGGAGACACUACUAGCGAUAGUGCUUUGAUAGGUCAGCAAUUGGGAGCUCUAGAAGUUCAAGCUGGCACUGGAGCCGGCAAUUUGAUCCCUUCUGCUCUCCCAAAAGGAGCUAAGCGUCAGCUGGACAAAGCAGGAGCCGGGGUUGCAGCAGUUGUUGGUGUAGUGAACCCAAAUGUCGCUAGCUACUUCCAAGGUCUUGGAGAUACUGUUGAUGGUGAUGGCACUAGUGAUAGUGCUCUUGUUGGCCAGCAAGUGGGAGCAUUGGAGGUACAGGCUGGGACAGGAGCGGGAAAUUUGGUACCUGCUUCAAUUCCAAAGGGUUCAUAA